GAGGGAGAAAAGGGUAAGGAAACCAGCGAUUCAGGGAGGCCUCAGCGACCAUGUCGAUGGCUCCGUCGAGCUCGCUCCGUGCCCUUGUCGCCCUCUCCCCUAUCCUCCCCUCCGGUUCCUCCUCUCCCUCUGCUCGCCCAGGGCUCCUUGGAGUGGCGGCACCGUUGGCGUACGCGCAGGCGCGGCGGCGGAGGGGGCCGUCGGUCGUGGCGCGGGCGGCGGCGGCGCCGUCGGACGCGGAGUGGCUGGAGCGGCUGCCGGAGAAGAAGAAGCCGCUGUACACGCACAGCCUGCCGUGCAUCGAGGCGUGGCUGCGCAGCAUCGGGUUCACCCAGACCCGCGAGGACCGCGCCGUAUGGGUCGCCGAGAUGCCGCUCUGGCACGCGCGCCUCAGCCUCGACGUCACUGACCUCCACAUCAGGUACUUGAAGACCGGCCCUGGAAAUCUUGAGAAGGAUGUGGAGAGAAGAUUCAGCUAUGCCCUGAGCAGAGAAGACAUCGAGAACGCAAUACUUGCGGGGCCUUAAUCUCAUGAUUCCAGUCAGGGGCUCGAAAUUUGGAGUUCGUGCACGAUCUUAAUCACAUCGACUGAUCGACAGCGCAGUAGUGCGUGUUUUCAUCUAGUACAAGACUGGCAGAGGAAAGCACUGCAUUGCUGCAAAGGUCGUUCAGCGUCCAUCAGGAAGGAGAUCUGCUUGGUUCGUUACUGGUUCUCUUCAAUCAUUUGUACAAGAGCAAGUGGAUCAUGUAUCACAAUUUCGUAGAGUAUGUAAUAAACUAAUAAUUCGAUGUUCUUGAGGAUGAGAUGCCACCACUCACAUGUUACCAGCUGCAAUUUUGGCAGUUUAUUUGAGCUGCAACUCUUUGCCUCUUUGCAAACAGCAAGAGCACCAUAUGGCUUUUGUUCUCUGCCUCUAAUUCCAUACUGGAUGUCUGGAUU